AUGAUCUUCAAUACUAAUGGUGAAAAGGGCGGGGAUCAGCCCGAACCGCCUACGGGUAACACCAGUCUUACGCAGACGUCCGCGUUCAAGAACAUGACCGGAGGUCAUGCGCAGCAGACUGGGGGGUCAUCAGGCACAGAUGACAUAGAGCUUCAGCAGACGCCAUCUGUGAAGAGCGCGGCAUACGAGGAUCCUUUUGUGUUCUAUAGCGGGAUCAAGUCAGAACAGGAACUCGCUGCAUUGAGGAAACGCAAACAAGGGAAAAGACUCGAGAAUUAUCAUACUCGACAGAAUGCGCUCAUACAGUCGCUACUUAAGCCGAUGGAGGAACAUACAGAGGAUGCCAGGGCUGAGGAAGAUGCGGCUCGAUUGCCCGUGAGGAUAGCUGUCCAUGCCAGCAUGUUCGCCAACUUCGCACUUUGUGUUCUGCAACUCUACGCUGCCAUAUCAUCGGCAUCGCUCUCCCUCAUCGCUACAGGCAUUGACUCCGUCUUUGACAUCGGGAGCAAUGUCCUGCUCUAUUUCGUGCACAAGAAGGCUAGCAACAUGGACGUGAAUAGGUGGCCGGUAGGCGGGGCUCGCUUGGAGAACAUCGGCAAUGUCAUCUAUGGGUUUUUGAUGGGUUCCGUCAACCUUGUGGUCAUCGUCGAGUCUGCAAGAGAUUUGAUUUCACAUGGUGGUGGAGAGACAAAUGAGCUUCACGUUCCUUCUCUGAUAGCUGUGGCUGCUGCCUUGGCGAUCAAGUUUCUUCUCUUCUUGUACUGCUAUUCUUUACGCACAAAGUCAAGCCAAGUCCUUGUUCUGUGGGAAGAUCAUCGGAACGAUCUAUUUAUUAAUGGGUUUGGUCUGCUCAUGUCUGCCGGCGGCAGCAAGUUGAAGUGGUGGCUCGAUCCGAUGGGUGCUAUUAUUAUUGCAGCAGGUGUCCUUCUCUCCUGGACGUUAACGGUCUAUGGGCAAUUUCAAGAGCUGGCCGGAAAGUCGGCCCCUCAUGAGUUCUUGCAACUCAUCAUUUACAAAGCAACAACCUUCAGCAACGAAAUCGAGAAGAUUGACACGGUUCGGGCGUACCAUAGUGGACCUAACUAUUUCGUGGAAGUUGACAUAGUCAUGGCCGCCGAAACCCCAUUAUGGAAGACCCACGACGUUAGCCAGCAGAUGCAGGACAAGAUCGAACUUUUGCCCAAUGUAGAACGAGCGUUCGUCCACGUCGAUUAUGAGACGUCACAUACCCCGGAACAUCGUAAAGUCGCAUGA